GAUCCAAUCCAAUCAUGACUCACCUCCUUUUUCGUUGACUUAAUGUUUUAUUCUUAACCCAAUCUUUCUGCUGGUAAAUCUUCAGUUUUCCUUUUCAAGUUCAUAAGUUUAAUUGCUUAACGAAGGUUUUGUGUCGAUAAAAACGGCAACAAACAAACUAUUGAACGUCCAAUGGCACAGAACCAUGACGCAACAUUUUUCAAGACAACUUGGACUCCAUGAAGUCAAAGCCAUUCCAACUAAACGGCUGCAGACGUAAAGACCCCACCCCCCUCCCUUUUAACCCCCUUUGAGGCUUCACUUCAUCCCCCGAGGCCUUCGGUCUGAUUUUCCAUUCCCGGCGUCUUUUCAGCGCAGAGCCGGCGGACUCGGUCCGACCUCCCAGAUGUUUUCUCGCGGAGCGGCACAGGAAGCUAUUAAAAAGCCAAUCAGUCAUGCUCGGUUGAAAGUGUUUGGCUGGGUUUCCCGUCACAUGGCCUGGAAAUUGGAUCCCUCCCCGCCUGCCUCCACUCCCCCCCACCACCGCCACCACCGCGAGUAGACUGCCGGCUCGUUUCACGGACUUGCAGAGUAGAGCGUGAGUCGAGCGGAGAGCUGAGCCCUGUCCGUCUCGAGCUCCACCUCACCUGGGACCAUGAACCCGUGGAGCGCCGCGUCUUGGCUGCUCCUGGCCGGCUUCUGCUUCCUGUCUUCCGCUUCGCUCUCUCACUUCGACACCGAGUGUUACACGGCCAACGGGGAGGACUACAGGGGCUUCCAGAAACAGACCAGUUUGUACGGGGGGAAGCCCUGCCUCUUCUGGAACGAAACCUUCCAGCACCCCUACAACACGCUCAAGUACCCCAACGGCGAGGGCGGACUGGGCAGCCAUAACUAUUGCAGGAACCCCGACGGGGACGUCCAGCCAUGGUGCUACAUUGCAGACCACGAAGACGGGAUUUACUGGCGGUACUGCGACAUUCCAACAUGCCAGAUGCCCGGUAACCUCGGCUGCUUCCGAGACAGCGGCGACCCGCCCACCUUGUCCGGGCCCACCGAGACGUCCAACAAGCAGACCAUUCAGUCCUGCAUCAGCUUCUGCAGGAAGCAGAGAUACAAGUUGGCCGGCAUGGAGUCGGGGUACGCUUGUUUCUGCGGCAACGAAGCGGAUCUGUUGGACCACGGCGAGGCCCCCAGCAUGGAGUGUAACCACGUUUGUUUCGGCGACCACAGGCAGCCUUGCGGCGGAGACGGCUGGCUCAUCGUCUUCGACACUCGAGUGGGUUCCUGCGGCGGGAACUAUUCGUCCCCCUCCGGGGUCAUCUACUCACCGGACUUUCCGGACAAAUACGGAGCCGCUCGCGUUUGCUAUUGGACGGUGCAGGUGCCUGGCUCCUCGGCCAUCCUGUUCAACUUCACCUUCUUCGACAUCACGGACCAAGCGGACAUGGUGGAGCUGCUCAACGGCUACACCAGCGAGGUGGUGGCGCGCUUCGACUGGCGCAGCCCGCCCCGCCGGCUACUCAACGUCACCGGGGACUUCAUCAUACUCUAUUUCUACUCGGACCGGACCAACCAGGCGCAGGGCUUUGCGCUGCUCUACCAAGCGCUCAGAAGCAGCGAGGACCAGGCAAACGCAGAGGAUGAGGGCUUCUCUAGCACGGUGGAACCUCACGUGGCGGCGCUCCCCGCGGUCACCGACGGCACCAACGUGACCACCAAAGGACGCUCGACCUCGCAGAUCCUCUACGUGAUCACGUCCAGCCCCGGCAAGCCGGAGCACAGCAUGCCAGGUCAGUGGGCUGGACCCGGACGGAGCAGCGGACACAGCGCCAUGUGGACCAUCUACGCUCUGGCCGGCCUCCUCAUCCUCACCGUGGUCGCCAUGCUGGCAAAGCUACUGCUGCACGUCACAAUCAAGUCUCCCCGAAUCCCCACAGUGAGCGGCUCAGACAGCUGCAGCCAGAGCGCUUCAACAUCAUCAGAGCCAUGGAUCAUCUUGUACCGCCCCUCCACCAUCUCCCUCUUCAAGCAGAAACUCAAGAGCCACCAUCAACACCACCACCACCACCACCACCAUGGAGACCUGAGCCCCUUGGUGGGCAACUAGCGCGACCCUUGAUCCCUUCCUCUGAACUCUAUGGUUAGCAAGGCGCUAAGCUAACGAGAGGCUAAUGCGGGUAUGGCACCCUCUGGCCAGGAUGGAUGCCAACUUUCUCCGUCAGCGUGGUGCCGCUUCUUCGGAACUUGGGCCUCGUUUGCAAAAGUUUUCAGGGCGACCGGUCGCCCUUGGAGAGGGUGAGUUGCUCACAAGUCGGAGAGGACCGCAGCGAGGGUGUUGCGGAAGUCUUAGCGGCGUUCAAGUGCCUUACGGCAUAUCCCCCUCGCUCUACUCACACAUCUCAUGAUGACAAUGAUUUAUUUUUGUAAGCCUUUGUAAAUAGUCGCAAUGAGGCGUUUAAUGGCCCGUUCGUUUGUGUUCUUUCUCUUUACUGAACAUAUUGUUCACAUUAGCUUUGAAACGCGGGAUGGGGCGGGGUAACAUUGAGUCCUAUGUAAUUCUAUGUGCUUGUUCAUAUUGACGUCAUAGGGACAAAAUUAUUGGGACACCCAAGAAUCACAAUAAAUCGCAACUCAUUGAAAAUCACCCACCAACAUCUACAAAAAUUAAUUACAUUUAUAGUGUCUUCAGUAAAACAUAUUGUUAUGUUCGGAAAAAGCCCUGAAGCAAAUCCUACACUAAGCCAGGCGCUUACACUUAAAUGCUUUGCCACUAAUAAAUUCUUACUUUUGUUAAGAAACACAUAUUGGUUUAUAAAGCAUUUCUAAUCAAACAUAACACGGUCUUGUUACAGCAAACUUGCUAGCACUAAUUGCCUCUCAAUUGCAUGUUUUGCAAAACACAUACAUAUCAAGUUACUUGGCCUGAGCUCAAUACAAAUUUGCAACCCUUGUCCCAGUACUUUUGUACAAAGCUAUGCAUCCACUCUUUUUAAUUUCGUCAAAGCAAAGGAGCGACCCGGCAAAAAGUUCUUUACGGUAAAAGUACUUUUAACAAGAUGCACUUAAACUUUUUUUCAAUCGGUACGCCCAUAAGAAUUUCGGGACCAAACCCAGAACACGAGUAAGUCCUGACAUGGCGACGCAAGCCCGAGGCCACUUUGACGGCGAUUUCAGUCAACAGAAGAGGACAAAGUAGCAACGCUGUGAACUUGAUAAAAAAUAUUUUCUUAAUUCCUAUUCCAUGAAAGCAAUAUUCAUCAGGAUACCACGUUUAGACUCGUGACUAUAUUAAUGCAAAAAAGCCUUCUUCCUUUGACACACGUCAAACCACUAAAAAAUCUUAAAGGAUAAAAAAAGGUAGAAUUAUGUUUGUGUAUACCAGCCCAUAGAUGAAUACAAAUAUAGUCAAAUGUGAAAAAAAUUGUUCUUCGGACCAAAGUAGCACUUGCACAUAAAAAGUGGCACCAGAAUGAGAAAUUAAGCUCAAAUUUUAAUUUAAAAACAACUUAAUGCCUCACCUUAAUUAAAUGCCAACCCGCCCCCUCAUAGAAAAAAAAAAUAUUUUUUUUUAUUGGCUGCAAAAUACAUAUAAUGUAUUUAAAAUAACGGACAUCAGCAAGGUCUUACUUGACUUAGCAAAGCACUCAUAUUUAAACACCUCGCCUCAAAUAGAUGCCAUAUUUUUUUGCCUCUGGAAAAAAACAUUUAUGUUGUUUCAUAAAAAGAUAAACGUUUAAUAAAACAUAUUGCAAAUAACAUAAAGCAAGUAUGAACUCCACGCAGCCAAAGCACUCAAACUAAAAUGCCUCACCCAAACAUCUACGGUAUGUUUAAAAAAAUAAAUAAAUAAAUAAACAGAUUGCUCACUUUUAAAAGCCUCAAUUCAAAAAAAAAUUGUCAACAGUGAUUGAUAAAACGAAAGUCAAACGAUUCUACAGUGGUCCCUCGCUACUUCGCGUUUCGUUUAUCGCGGCUGUACUACAUCGCAGAUUUUUUUUCCAAAUUAAAAAACAAUCUCAAAGUCAAAAUAAAACUUAUAAAUUGAGGAAACAUGUGUCUAACCUUUAGGACAAUGUAGUAUUGCUCCAAAUAUUCGUUUACAUUCCUUUAGAAGUCCCAUUUUGCGCGUUAGCACGAUCGCGAAUUAGCAUCUUUCCUCUAACUCGUUAGCCUGCCCAGUACUUCUUGUUGGUGACUGUACUUCGCGGAUUUCACUUAUCGCGGGUGAUUUUUGGAACCAAUUAUCCGCGAUGAACGAGGGAUUACUGUACAUUGCGGCACAGUCUGAUAGCAUUGGGGCAAAUGCUGACGCAAAUUUUCCUCCGGCUGUCUAGCAGCACGAUGUUUUUGAUAGCAACCUACAUUCAUUUUCCGCCAAUUAAUGUGACAAGUUGCCAAAGUUCUUUUGGACCAAAUUAUGCAAAUGAUUUGUGGUCAUGCGGGAAUGUGCCACAACCAGAACCAUCAUCAUCGUCUUCAUAUUCUGUAUGAAACAAGAGUGUAACAUAGCAGAAGUAGUGAGAUUUAUAAUUUAUACAGUAAAUUAUUGUUUAUUUUAUAUGUGAACGGGAAGUAUCUUUUGUAUUAAAAAAAUAGAUCAAGGAAAAAAAGUGAAGUAGCUGCUUGGUUUUAUUUAAUGUGUCCUGUUUGCCAAAAUAAAAUCUGCAUGUUUCCUAA